UAGCUACAGACAAACAGCAGAGAUCGGUGCAGGGUGAAGUAUAUAUAUUAGGAUGCGCAGUGAAGUAAGUAAGAGAGCGUAGUGAAGUAUAUAAGUGUAAAGAAGGACCAAGGAGGAGCUAAGAAGCGAUACAAAGCGAAACUGCUCAAAAGAAGAAGAAGAGUGGCAGGGCAGGGGGCGGGGUGCGCGGCGGCCUGCCCCCCCCCCCCCCCUAAGACAGCUGAUGACGGCCGAGGUGUACUUGAAGCAACACCUUUAUAGCACCGGCGAGGCUCAGUGGCAGGGACGGCAGAGUAGAGAACCAGCAAGGCUCGUGUUUGCAGCAGCACCUGGAGGCCACGCGAACACGGCUCACUUCAUCAUGCCACAAGUGAUCAAGGUCGGGGUGCUGACUGUGAGCGACCGAUGCUCCCAGGGCAAGGCUCAGGAUGAAGGUGGGGCCAACCUCAAGGCCCUGGUGGAUGGUGGUGCACUCUUCAAGGGGAAGGUUUGCAAGUAUUCCUGUGUCUCUGAUGAUCAUGAACUCAUCCGGGACAAAUUGAUGGAAUGGUGCAGUGAAGAGGUGCAGCUCAUCCUCACCACAGGAGGGACAGGGUUUGCCCAGAGGGAUGUUACUCCAGAGGCAGUCAAGGAGGUAAUAGAGAGGGAAGCCCCGGGGCUGAGCACAUGCAUGCUGACAGAGUCCCUGAAGGUCACCCCACUGGCCAUGCUGUCGCGGCCCGUGUGUGGGAUGCGGGGAAAGACACUCAUAGCCACACUCCCAGGAAGCAGGAAGGGCUCAGAGGAGUGUCUUAGGUUCAUUUCUCCAGCCAUCUCCCACGCAGUGAGUCUCAUCAUGGGAUGGAAAGAUGAGGUGGAGACCACACACAUUGCACUUCAGUCUGAAGGUGUGAAAGGUGGAAGUAUCACAGGCCACCACCACCACCACCAUCACCAUCACCACUGUGGGCUUCACCAACAUCACCACCACCACCACCAAGAAAGUGACGAGUCAAAGGCAGAUGUGUCCCACAUAUCCCGUCGUCCAAGGAAAUCUCCUUAUCCAAUGAUCCAAGUUUCUCAGGCUGUGGAGAUUGUCCUGUCACAUGCAGAACUAUGCAUUACUGAGACUAUCCAUACAAAGAAUGCUUUAGGGUUUGUUUUGGCAGAAAACAUCCAUGCCAAGGAUCCACUUCCCCCAUUUCCUGCCUCAAUAAAGGAUGGGUAUGCUGUAUUAGCCUCUGAUGGGGCUGGGCUGCGAGCAGUGAAGGGUGACUCAACAGCAGGCUGCUCUCCAGGGAAGCUGGAAGUGACCAGUGGCACGUGUGUGAGGGUGAACACAGGGGCCCCCGUCCCCUCAGGAGCUGAUGCAGUGGUGCAGGUAGAAGACACUGAGCUAACCAAAGAUGCAGAUGAUGGUUGCGUGGAAUUGGAGAUUAAGAUCCUGAAGACUCCACAGGCUGGGCAGGACAUCCGACCUGUUGGAUGUGACAUUGCUGCUGGAGAGAAGAUCUUACCUAAGGGAACCCUCCUUGGGCCCUCUGAAAUGGGACUCCUUGCCACUGUUGGUGUUACCAGUGUUUUGGUUGUCAGAAAACCAGUGGUGGCAAUCCUCUCAACUGGUAAUGAGCUGCAGGAUCCUGGUGAGCCUCUUCAAGAGGGUCACAUCAGGGACAGCAACAAGACCACAAUCAUGUCACUUCUGCAGCAGCAUGGCUUUCCAGUACUGGAUGCUGGCAUUGCUCGUGACCAGCCCACAGCCCUGCUCAAGAGCCUCAGGAAUGCAUUUAGUCAUGCAGACAUUCUGGUGACAACUGGGGGAGUGUCUAUGGGAGAGAGAGACAUCUUGAGGCCUGUGCUUUCCUCUGAUUUUGAUGCUCAAAUCCACUUUGCUCAGGUAUUUAUGAAGCCAGGAAAACCAACCACCUUUGCAUCUUGCUACUACCAUGGGAAGAAAAAGUUAGUCCUUGGUCUUCCUGGUAAUCCGGUUUCUGCCACCGUCACCUCCAUUCUUUACCUCCUGCCACUCUGUCGCAAGAUGAGUGGAAGGGCUGUUUGUGAGAAUACCUGCAUCAAGGCUAAGCUAACAGAAACCAUACAGUUGGAUCCACGACCUGAGUACCACAGAGCUUUCUUGUCAUGGCAACCUGAUGCAGAUCUCCCAUUUGCAUAUUCAACUGGCAAUCAGCUUUCCUCUCGCCUCCUCUCCAUGGCCUCAGCCCAAGGACUACUGAAGUUGCCUCCUGCCAGUCCAGAAAACAAGUGUUUAGGUGAAGGAACAACAGUGGAAGCUAUCCUCAUGGGAAUGUAGACUUGCAACUUCAGUAUAAAGGUCUAGGGGCUUUUUUCUGGAGGUGCACCAAACAUUCACAAAUUCUCCGUUCACAGGGGUCCAUGUUCUGACCCCCGUGAAUAAGGGGGAAUAUGUGUGCUACUCUGCUUCACAGCUCUUUUUAGAGAAGGAGAGUAGUUGCUUUUCCCUCUGCUCCAGCAAGAAGAACAAGUUACAGAGCUGCCCUCCACAUACACAGUUUGGAAAGUCCUUUAGUAACAACUGAAUGUUAUUAAAAGACAUGAAUACAGUGUUUUUUCAAAAAUCUUUUGUAAUUUCUAUGUUCAUAAUAUCCUUUAAUUUCAAAACAAGUAACCUUUAGAAAACAACUCAGCUGCAAUUGUUAAUUAAAGACUUAAAAUAUCUUCCUACAUUAUUAUGGUUCUUUAUGUACUACAGUAUUGUAUAAGAAAUUAAACUAAUAAGUGCAAUAAGUGAAUGUAGACAAACUGCCUAUUUUCCUGCCAUCAGCAAAUAGUUAAAUCUCUAUUAACAAAUAUGCAUGCCUCUUUGAUUAUUGAAGGCAGGCACUUCCAUCUCCCAGUCUUCACAACCACAGGUGCCUCAACAUUACUCACACAGCCUAUCAAGUUCAAACACUUCACAGCCAAAGGCAGCCUGCAUGAGCAGCAUAAUUUACAUGACAGCAACAUGAGAACACUGCUGAAGUCAGCAUCCACCAUUAGGUAUUGAUGAGGUGCAGCCUAAAAUGACAAAGUAUUUUCAGAAAAGUAUAAAAGUAACAAAAUCAGUUUUCACAACAGCAAUAGACAAUCUUUAAAAUGUGGCCUUAAAAUGCUAGUGAUGAGUCAUCCCUCAUUCACACAUCACAUUAACAAUUUCACUGCCAUGCAAGUUUUCCUUGGUUUUGAGAGCAACAAUCCCAGCGUUAACCCACCCUGCUCCAAACACCAUUAGUCCACUUUUCCUCCAGUCAGAAUUGUCCAAUGAAAAUAAAAAACACCUGAUGAAAUGGGCCAGACAUACACCAUGCCAUGAAGCUAGUUGAACUGGCUGCAUAGUGAGCUAAAUUACUUAAUAUAUCACUUCAUUCACACAGUGUGACAGUGAUUGAAUGACACGCAAUUAGAAACCCAUCAUGAAAGGUUCAUUAAUGAUGUUACCAAUGUGACCCAUUAAUUUCUGGCAUAGUGUGUACAGCAGAUACUCACUGUAUGAUUGUAGUGGUGAUUGAUGGUGGCACUAUGAUAAUACUGAAAGUUGAAUAUUUUCUUAUGCACCCAGAUCCUGCUCAGAAAAGUUACUGUUGUCUUUAGAAAAUGGUAUACCUCAAAGAACUCCUCAUUUUCAUUUACAGUAAGCAUCUCCACUACUUGCCUAUUUGCAUAAAAUCAGCAAAUGUUUGCCCCUAGAUGUGGAAAGGAACCGUGAUGCACAGCCCCCAAACUUUUAUAAUUUUGGAUUUUCCUUAUACUUAACGAAAUGGCCAUCCCAGCACACUCAAGUUCUCAAAAAUAUUCAGAAGCUAUAUUUGCCCAUGUAGGUGACUAUAAUCCACCACUUUGAUCUGUAUUAUAUCCCUAAGUCUCCUAGUUAUAUUACUAAACAUAAACAAUAAUUUGGAAGUGAAUAAAGGGUGGCUGUAUGGAUCAUAAAAGGAGUGAAUGAAGAUGGAAGCUGUCAAAUAAUAUGUGGAUAAUGUGACUUUUUAUAAAGGGGAAUUAACCCUCCAUCCUCAUUUGUGGAGGACUUCAGACCUAGCAGUGAGGGUUCUUUACUUGCAUUAGACCUUGGCAACCAAUAAAUAUUUAGUUAAUUUCUAAAUAUACUGCAUCUGCAUGUGAAUCGUGCAGUUGCAAUGUGAAGGAAGUCAUGGUGUAUUGGAGAACACAUUUCAUCACAAAAAAAUAAGGUUCAUAUCAUUACAAGAUAUUAUAAAUUAUACAUUUAUAUAUAGGGCAAAUACUAUUGUAAAAAAUUAUGAAUGAAAAUUAAUAUUAUAUAUAUAUAUAUAUAUAUAUAUAUAUAUAUAUAUAUAUAUAUAUAUAUAUAUAUAUAUAUAUAUAUAUAUAUAUAUAUAUAUAUAUAUAUAUAUAUAUAUAUAUAUAUAUAUAUAUAUAUAUAUUGCAUGCAGUUGUAAGGUAUGUAGCUAUUAAAUUACUUGUUACUUAUAAAACUUAAAUUUUUGCUAUAAUUGUAAAUUUCCUUUUAACUUUCACUUUGGCAGGAUUAUAUUUUAAUGAAAAGUUAAUAAUCUUACAUAAAUGUUGUAAUAACAAAAUAUUUAUACAAAAAUACACUACAUCACAGUGACAAGCAAAUUUAACAAUGAAAUGCCUGGUUGCCUGUCAUACUCAUGCGGAAAUAAAUUAAAACUGUGGCAAAGCUGAACCUGUACACAUACUCUUAAUAUCAUAGUGCCCGUAGCACCCACCAUGUUCAACAAGAAACAUUAACAGCUCACUAUGGCACAGUCACUUCAUUUGGCAGCAUCAGGCCACUCAAUGUAUUAAAAACUGACUGAUUUAUGCUAUACAACCAAACAAGAUAUUAACAUUAUUCUUAGUUAACUUCAUAAAAUAAUUCUACCCCGAGUAAUCAUAAACAUUUGGCAUGUUGAAGCAAACUAUGUACAGAACUCCUGUGGUUCUGACUGCAACAUUCUUUAAAACUUAAAUAUUAUUCACAUUCCAAAUUAUCUCAAGGGAACUAUGCUCCUCAUAGAGACAAGUUGUGUUGUUGUUACUGUUCUGCAUUUACCACUUUCCGUUUUAAAUACUUUGGAAAUUUUCCACUUCAAAUACUGCAAUGUUUCUGCCAAUCUCAUCACCAAGCAGUACUAUAUCUUGUAGGAAAUGAAUGCUGUAUAUACCCAAACAAGGGUGAAAUACAAGUUAUGUUAACUGAUGCUUUGCUCCAGAUCUAAUUAACAUGCACUAUUAUGUGCUGUAAGGGAGAAGCCAUUGCUCUUUAUACUUUCCUACUCAAACUUUUACCCCAUCAUCUUCUCAGCACCAGUGGAAAAGCACUUUAUAUACAUCAUUCUGUAAAACUGACCAUUAAAAUGAUAAACUGA